GCGAUGAAUCCUCAGUAACUCACCAUAGCUCUUGGCCUUACCACCUCGCCCAGUGUCUUCAAAUUUGUGUUCACUCUGACUCUAGCCUAAAGUGGCUGCAAUUAUUUGAUUGUUUAAUCGUGUUGUCAAAAGGAAGCAACAAUGGUUUUCAAGGCAAUUUCGACCAUAAAAAUAAAGGUCGAAGUGAAGCCCGUGGUGGAUAACACUAUUUUCCGCCUCCACUACCGAUAUACAUACACAAUAUACAUGGUAUGCAUGCUGCUAUGUACGCUCUAUGAUGCUAUAGGCGACAAAAUUAACUGCAUAUCGGGAAUCGACUCCGAUGCCUUUAAUGACGUGGUCAACAACUACUGCUUCAUCAUGGGUACCUUCACGGUGGACCGGCUCCACGGGGUCAAGAUGGGGGUGGACGCCCCCCAUCCGGGCGUGGGACCCCAGCAGUCAGAAGAACCAAUCACCUUCCACACCUACUACCAGUGGGUCCCUUUUGUCCUCUUUGUCCAGGGUGUAAUGUUCUAUGUUCCUCACUGGCUGUGGAAGAGCAGAGAAGGAGGACUCUUUAAACAAGUAAUUCAAGAUCUCUCUGUUCGUGAUUAUCUCGGCCACAACCUCGAUAAUUAUUUCAACCGUGAAAAGGGGUUCGAGGCACUGUCCAAAUACAUCAACCACCACAUGGACAGUCACAAGAACUGGGCUUAUUCCUUCUUCUUCUGCGAGUUCCUCAACCUGGCCGUAGUGAUCUCCACUCUCUUCUUCACUGACUGGUUUCUUGGUGACGAGUUCCUUACAUACGGCGUCAAAGUAUUUGGGAUGAUUGGGAUGGACCCGGAGAACCGGACGGACCCGAUGUCUUACGUCUUCCCCAGGAUGGCUAAAUGCACCUUCAGGAGCUUCGGAGCUUCAGGAACUAUCCAGAUCCGAGACGUCAUGUGUCUCAUCGCUACUAACAUCAUCAACGAGAAGAUCUACGUCUUCCUGUGGGUGUGGCUGGUGCUGCUGACCACCGCCACCUCCAUGUACCUGGUGUUCCGCCUCCUCACGCUCCUCGUACCCGCCUUCAGACGGUUCCUCCUGCAGUUGUUGGUAAAGCCUCAAAUGCAAGCUGAUGUGGCGACGGUGAUGCAGCAGACCUCCCUCAGUGAUUGGUUCCUCAUAUACAACCUGGGCAGGAAUAUGGAGACGAAUGUCUUCAGCGAGUUCAUCCACUACUUCGCAGGAGACCUCUCGAACUCCACCGACACCCUACCCAUGGACGAGGACAAGAUAAUGCCAUUAUGAGGCGUGGGAGGUGCUGGGGAUACACAGAGUUGAAGACUGCUGUAAAGGGGUUUCCAAUCUUGGGGUGCCAGCCUUAAGGUACUAAUCGUGAGACACCAUCCUUGAGGUACCAAUCUUAAGGUAACAGUUGUGAGGGGCCAGUUUUUAGGUACCAAUCAUAAGGAACUAAUCGAGAUACCAAUCUUAAAGUACGAACUCUUGAGGUACCAGUCGUGAGGAGCGAGUUAUAAGACACAAAUCUUGAUUCAUCAAUCGUGAGGUACCAGUCGUUAAAAUAUUAAUCAUGAGGUACCAAUAGUAAGGCACCAACCUUGAGGUACCAAUCAUGAAGUAGCCAUGGGUGCCAGUGUUCAAUAUGGCCAGGAAGCUAAUAGAAUCAUCCUUGGAAAUUACAACAAAAUAUUAAAAACUAAACAAAAACAUGUACCCAAAAAACUGGAUGUGAAGAAAUAUUUACAAGUGGUGUAGAGGACGACGCUCGAGGUAUAAAUGUCCCUCUUGUGAUGAACCACGACAUAUAACUAAGAAGCAACACCAAUAUAAGCUUGAUCUAUGAACCAAGAAAGUUGUAGACAACGUAGAGAUGAGACAAACCAACUGACAAGGGAAUAUCGAAUGAUAAAGAUAUAGAUGAAGAAAUUGGUAGAUUUCAACUAGAUAAAAAAAAUAAAUUGGAUGAAAUUAUAAUGAGGCCAAAAUUAUCCUGGAUAUAAACUGAUGAGAACCCAGCAUCUGUUCAGUGUAGGACCUGGAUGUUCAGUACAAGGUCUUCAGUAUGUUCAGUGUAGAACCUCGACGUUCAGAACAGGGUUUUGAGUAUGUUCAAUGCAGGACCUCGACGUACAGUACAGGGUUGUGAGUUUGUUCAGUGUAGGACCUCGACUUUGUUCAAUACGUAGAUUAUAGAUAAACUUACUGUUAAAGCCUUAUGUUCAGGUCGUGUAAUUAGGGUCAAUCUUGGAUGUCUAGGGUUAGUUUCGGUCAGGCUAGUUAGUUUCGAUCAGGAUAGUUAGAUUAGGUUAGGUUAGGUUAUCUAGGGUUAGUUUCAGUUAGGUAUAACAUUGGAAGCAAUGUAGCAGUCAUUGAAUUAUUCAUAGAUGUCAAAAUGUUAAUGUUAAUGAAUAAAUUCUAUGCAGAACUCA